ACACCGUCCCAAACAGGAGGUGGAGGGAAAGCAAAAUGCAGAGUGGUUCAGCAAAGGCAACUCAGAUGGACUGAGCCGUCGCGAGAAGCUGGCCAUGGACACGCUGUGCGCUGCAUUGGAGUUCCUGCACGAUGAGAACGGGUCCGUGGCCGUGUUUGACGCCACCAACACCACGCGCAAGCGGCGCGCGUGGGUGCUGGAGCUCCUGCAGUUGCAGCAGCACCGCGGCGUGCGCUGCCUCUUCAUCGAGUCUGUCUUUGAGCGCCCGGAGAUGGUGCAGCAGAACGUGUCGGAGAAGAUGGACAUGUCGCCGGACUGGGUCGGCAUGGACCGCGCCGUCGCCGAGCAGGACAUGUGGCGGCGCAUCCGCAACUACGAGGCCGCAUACGAGCCCGUCCUGGCAGCAGAGAAGCUGCCGUACCUGCGCCUGGUCAACUUUGAACACGCAGCCACCCUCAACUUGGACCUGGCCAGCGAGAGCACGCUUGUGAAGCUUGCCGUUGCCUACGCCUGCUCCAUCCACAACGGUUACCGCCCAAUCACGUUUGAGCGCUCCGACACAGACACCGAAACGCCCGCUGCGGACAGUGACAAUGGCACUGGCACUGGCACUGCAAAGCACACCGAGCGUGCCGCCACAAUCACUACGACCAACGACAACGACGGCAACGUCGAUGACACUCUUGAUGAGCAAGGGGUGCGUGAGAGCAAAGCUGCAGCACGGCGCAAGCUGCGAGGCGAAGUGGUAGCACCAACAACAACUGCAACAUCCACGGCAACAACAACAGCAACAACAGCUGCAACAGCAGCCAAAGAAGGGGGUGCACUGCAGGCUGUUGGGCAUGCGCAGGAUGCAGCGUUUCUCCAUGCCUCUGGUGUGUGGCAAGCGGAAGGGCGUUUUGCGUGCAACAAAGCGCUCAGCGCCGCCUUCUGGCAGCCGUUUGUAUCUGCCGUCUCGCACGAGAAGCAGGCGACAGCCACAACAACAACAACAACAACAACAACAGCUACACCAAACACUACAAGAACAACCACAACAAACACCACAACAGCAACAAAAACAACCGCAACAAGCACAGCAGGCACCACAACAACAUCAACGACAACAGCAGCAACCAAUGCACCAAGCGGUAUCCCCGGCACCGGCAGCGGCAGCAGCAAGGGUGAUGAUGCAGGCGUGUUGCUGCAUCCGGCGUCACAGUCGGAGGUGUUGCGCAUUUCAGUUGACACGCUGCUGCGCACGGCCGCGCUGCUGCAUCCUCGUGCGGGCAACCCAUCAGCAACAACGGCGCCAUCAGCCUCGUCGGCCUCGUCAUCAGCACGGCGCGUGUCGGAGUCUGCGCUUGCUGCUGCGCUGUCCCGCUCCUCCUCGACCAAGACCAACAGUGCGAAGACUACUGCUGCCGUGAGCGACCAUGCCGUGUGUGGCGGGAGCGAAGACUGCAAGGCAUCCGCGCUGCUGGACGCAGCGGAGGUGACAACGGCGGCGGUGGGCGGGCAGACAAAGCAAGCCCUGCUGCUGGCUGAACCAGACAUGCUGUCAUCAUCCAUGCUGUCUGAAUUCUCCAUGCCGUCCACCCCACGGACGCCGGGUACGCCAACAAGACAGCGGCAGCGGCGGAAACAGCGGCAGCAGCAGCGCAGUGGUGUUGGUUCCACAUCCUCUGCCUCGUCGCUCUCUGGGUCUUCCCCAACACGCUCUCGCCUCAAACACUCCACCUCCAGCAGCAAGAGUGUGUCGGCGAAUGGGGAAGACGGUGAUGAUGGUGGCGAUGGUGAUGAUGGUGAUGAUGGUGAUGUGAACAACAAUGAUGACACGGCUGCUGAAGAUGACAACAGCGACAGCGGCAAUGUUGCUGAUCGUGAUGACAUGUGGCGUGAGGACGACAAAGGGAGCAGUGACACGUUGGCCGAGGCUGGCCCUGAGACAAGGCACCCCGCGGUGGCGGUGGUGGUGGUGCCGCCACGCAUGCGAUCGUGUUUGAAGGUGGUGCAGCAGCUGUUGGCGAUUGAAUCCGGAAAGCAGGCUGUCACUGUGCGGGUUGGCCGGGAUUGCAAGCGUGCCAGUGGCACCAACCGCACGUGGUCAACCCAUCCAACGGACAUUGCUGCUCGUGAUGAUGAGCAUGACGACAACGAAGACGACAAUGAUGACGAUGAUGAUGACGAUGAUGACGCUGUGACGCGAAGAGAGGAGGCUGUGCUGUUGUCAUACUAUGACUUUGAUGGGCAGUUGUGUGCCAUGUUGGAGAAGCAUGGUCGUGCCACCAUCACGCCUUUUCACACAGAGGGUUCGGCCGCCUGGUCUCUUCACCAACCAUAGCUUGUUGUGCGUGUGCAUCUGCGUGCGUGUGUGUGUGUGUGUGUCUACGUCUGUGUGUGUGUGUGUGUCUACGUCUGUGUGUG